AUGCCUGCUAAGAAACAAGACAAGAAGGGAGGCCAACAGCAACAAGAGGAGGAUCUUUCAGACCUGAGUUCACUUCCACAUUUGAAUAUAGUCACAAUGUCAACAUUGUACUAUUUUUACUUUCAGAAAAGCAGAGAUGAAGUCAAGGAAACUAUUGAUUCAAUGUUGUCAGAGGAGCAAGUCGCCAAUCUCGAAGGACUUACACAUGUAAAGACCAUUACGAGAGAAAGUAUCAUUGAAGCACUUCAAGCUAAAGCAGAAGCUGUAGAAGGAGAAGAGCCAAAAGAAAUCGAUUCAAAAGCUAUUGCACAAGGAUUUACUGAGAAAAUAGUUGAACUAGGACUUCCUUUAAGAAGAGAGAAAAAGCAAUCAUCUGGCCAAGACGAAGCCAAAGAAGAUGAGGGACAAGAUCAGCCAAAAUCUGAGCUUACUAAAACAGAUAUGAUGAUAAAUCUGGUCAACUUCCCACUGAAUCAGGAAGAAUUUGUAGAAUUUACCAAACUCAGAAAUCCUCUUAAUAAAUUAUAGUUGUGGUUAGAGAGAAAAAGCCUCAAGACUUUGACGAAUUAUUGAAAGAAUCACAUAAAGAAAAGCCACAAGAAGGCGAGGGAGAAGGAGACAAAGAGCCUGCUCCUGAAGGUGAAGGAGACGAACCUCCAAAACUUAUCGAGAAUGAAGAGAGAGAUGUAGUAGAUAAAUUAACCAGGUCAUAUGAUUACAAAGCAUUUAAAUCCCCUAAGGAUUCCAUUCACAAAUUAUCUGAUUUGAAAGUCUUUCAUUAUGAACAUAUUGUUGAGGGAGCUGAAGAAGGAGCUGGUGAAGGUUCCCAACCGCCAAAGAACACACUAAAUGAACUAAAGGAGAGAUUCUCUACAGAGCUUAUUUCAUCAGAGAAGAAAUUUAUUGAAUUUUAUAACAAAGUAUUAUCAAACAAGGUUGAGCCUUCAAGACCAGCUACUGCUCAAUCAAAGAAAUCAGAGGUAUCUCAGAAGUCUGAAAAAUCUCAGUCUGAGCAAUCUCAAAAAGAGGUAGUAAAACAAGAGCUUGUCCCUGCUGGUUUCCAAGAAAACAUUAUGUCCCAAGCAGUACUUCAGGAGGAAGAGUUUUAUGGAUCAACAGAAGAUCUAUCUGGACUUUCAAAAUGGGAUGACUUUGAUAUCUAUUCAAAGAAUACAACAAGAGUUGAAUAUGAUAAAACGUCAGUAGCUCAUUUGUUAAUCUCUGCUAUCAAGCAGGUCAGUCAUAAGCAACAAAAAGUGAAUGACCUUGAAAGAAAGAACCAAGAUGUGAGUGAUUUACAAGCGAUGCUCAAACAAGGAUUUGAAUUCUCUGAACACCUUGAUGAAGAUAAUACAGAAGAAAUUCAGGUAGAAGAAACAGGCAAUAUUAAUAGUAAAAGUUUACAUCAAAACGAUCAUCAAGAAAUCCAACAAGAAGAGCAGGACCAGGAUGGGUCAAAAGAAAACAGAGGAGGGUUUUCCCAAGAAGUAGAAGACACUAAACCUAAAGUAAAAGUAGUAGCUGGGUUAAAGUCUCCACUAUUUGACCAAGUAGACCAAAUUGUGCUACAGAAUCAUCUAAUGAUGUGACUCGAUGGUACAAGUCUGGAGGAUAUUGAGAGAGGUAUUCUGAAUAGCCUUGUGCUACCUGGGACUAGAAGAGAAGGAAUGCCAGAGAGUCCAGAACUAUCUCUUCCAAAAAGAAAAGCUGACAUAAACGAAAUAGUCUCUUUCUCAACAAUUGGAUCCGAGAAGAUUCAGAGAGCUCUUUGGAUGAAAGAAAUCGCUGAUCUUAUGAAAGAUAAAGAGCCUGAACGAGAAUGGGAAUUUUAUGAUAGAAAUUACUGGAAGGCUUUAUCUAAAGACGCUGUGAAGUAUGAGAUCAGCAGAUAUUUGCUACUCAAUCCUAAUAUUGCAACUAAAUACAGUAGCAGAGAAGAUGGGCUCUUUGUCAGUCUGUAUUUCAAAAAUCCCCCAGGAAGAAUCAUGAGGAAUCAGUGGAGUUAUAAUUUUGCCACUUCAACUGAGUUUAGAGAUUUCUUAUCAAAAUAUGAUGGAGAUAGUACAGACUUCACUGAUUUGGGAGGAUCGGAUGAUUUGAAAUACUUCAACAAGAAAUCCUCAAUAAAAUGUAAUGAGAAGACAAUGUACCCAAGCGAUAAUAGUGUCAUAAAAACGAUCAAAUGAGAGAUUGGCAAUAAGACUAUUGGCAGAAGCUUGGUAAUCAAAGAUAACUAUACUUUUGGAAUGAGGGAAGCAAAGAAUAGUUUCUUACAAAAUGAAGAAUAUCUUACUCGAGAAGAAAGACAGCAAAAACAGAAUAAUAUAAAUGAAGAAAACCUCGGAGGAGAGCUAUGGUGCACCCUUGGAGAUCCAUCUGUUCAGUUCUUUGUUGAAAAUGUAAUCGAUGAUAGAGACGAAGGAGAUUCAAAAGAGAAUUCUGGAGCUGCUGCUACUUUCUCAUACCAAGAUGGACUUAUAGUCAAAUUUUUACCUUCUAUGGAGGUUCUUCAAUCAAGAAUCGAUUCUCAAAGAACCUACAAACAAAAGACUGUUGAUCUACCUUAUAAUCAUACAAAUGAAAGCGAAAUUGAAUUGAAGAGGCUGAUAACAAAGCAUGGAACUGUCCUAAGAUAUAUGAAGGAUAAAUCCAUUCAGCUUCUUUUCUCGAAUGGAAAUUAUUCUGUAUAUUCUCCAAAAGAUAAAGUCUGGACUAAGAUCAAUAACUCUGGAGAAAAAUCUAUGCAUUACAUUGAUAAUGAAACUGGGAAGGUUUCUAAAAUAGUCAAAUGUGAGCCCUUGACUGUUGAAGAGAAUAUUGACCCAGAGACCAACCAAUUAGUUUUAAUUAGGUCAGAUGGAGUCAUGAUCAUAAACUACAACGAUGGUACAACUCUGACUCUUCAUCAUGACAACACCAAGAUUUUGACAAAGCCAGAUGACGAGAACUUCGAAAAGUUUAUUGAAAAGGAUGAUUACGCUCCAGUCAGGAUUAGAUUCAAUGCAGUUAAACUAAGAGCCCACACUAUUAUAGGAAUGGGAGGUACAAAUGCUCUCAUGGGAAUUGAUAACUUAAUGGAAAGGUCAAAUGAUGGAUUCGUGUUAGAUACAUACCUCCCUGAUGAUGCUCUUGUUGAAACUUAUAAAGAGAAGCAACAGCUAGAAGGUUACAAUAACUUCUCUCUCAAUACCAUCCACUUGAUUAGGAGACAUGAUUACAGUGUGAUUAAGGUGAAGCAGGAAGGAGAAGUUGUAAUCAUCACUUCGAAUCAGAGAUUCUAUCUCAAUGAUAUUGGUUACAGAUGAGACAUUGGAGAGGACAAGGACUACUUCUUUGAGCUUUAUGGAUUUGAGAGUGAUAGAAGAAGCGGUGUCUUUACCUGUGAUGUAUCAAACGGAACUAUAAGAGUAACUGAUGAGGAGUCAAAUAUCUUUGUUGUAUAUGCUAAUGGAGAAAGUAUCGAAAAACUCUCUGUCUCUUUUAACUUAAAUGAGACUGCAGAUAGUUUUGCAAGAAAGAAACCUAAUUCCCCAAGGAACUUACCUGAUGGAGAAUAUAUCGAUGAAGAAUGUAAAUUUUUGGUUCCUCCAAAUUCUGUGAUGGACCCACGACUCUUCUUUAUCAAGAAUAAUGAAGAAGGGUACGAAUUCUUUAACAUCAAGCAACUUGAAUACUUCUUAAGAGCGAGAGAUGUUGAUACUAAAUCCUUAAAUGAGAACAAACAAAUCACUAUUGGAACUGAGAAAGUAAAUUUAAUAACUUCCUUAUCUACCUUAAAGAAGAGAACUCAAAGAAAGAUGAUUUCUGAUAUUGCUGAGAUUCCUCAGAAUGUCAGUGCAGCUGUGCAGACAAUUUUGAUAUCCUCUAACCCUGAAGAGAAGGUGUUUAUCAAUUCCAAACUUUUAGAAUUCGAUGAAAUUGAUGCAAUGGAUAUCAAGAACUUCGAAGAUAGCAUGGAAAGAUAUCAAGCACAUAAGAAGAUGCAAGCAGAUGAGGCUAAAAGACUUGAAGUAAUCGAGGAACAACUAGAUUUCAGAUCAAAGGCUAAGCUGAAAGAAGAGCAAGAGUUCUUUGAGAAGGUGUUGAAAUUAAGGAACCAAUAG